CGUGUUGGCGUUCACUCGGGAAGUUUGUUUGCUGGAGUUCUUGGAUCAGCUAAACUGCAAUAUGAUAUUUGGGGUCAAGAUGUGUUAAUUGCGAACAAAUUAGAAGCAACUGGAAUGCCUGGUCAAGUUCAUAUCAGUGAGAGAACUCUCCAAAUGAUCCAAAAUAUGUAUGAAGUAUAUCCUGGCUCUGAGGCCGCACGUAAAGAUGCGUACCUUCAAAGGCACAAUAUUAUCACAUACCUCAUAAUCAGUAUAAAUGAUAAAGGAAAAAGCGCUGAACUGGAUAGUGAAUCCAAUGAUUCCUUCAAUGUCAUUCAGAAUCAGGAAUCAAGUUCUGGUCUAGUGUUAAGCGAAGAAUUGAAAAAAAUGCCCCUUGGUCCCAAUGGAUUUUCACUGCUUGUCGGUAAACUCUUUAAUUUAAAGUACCAUCAAGAAUUGCCUAGUAUAUCCCGUGUAGAAAUCGGAACCUUUUUCUUAAAUUUUCGAAAUCCUGCACUGGAAUAUAAUUAUUUACAUCAGCCUGACUACAUGUUCAAAUAUAGUGUACUUCUGGCUUGGUGUUGCGCUAUGAGUCUCAUAUACCUGCAUCUGGUUAUUGACGAUAAACAAAAUUCCAGCGGCUUUUAUUUCGACAUGCUGACGUUCACUACAUUAUCAUUGAUACUACUGUUGGCUUGGUAUAAGAAGAUCUGCUAUUGGCGAUAUUCUAUGCACUACCACAACUACUCCUCUCUUAGCUGCGCCCUAUUUUAUAUGGCAGACAAUUUACAGUGUAGUCUCUUCAAGAGGAUCACUGUCUAUACUUACUUUAUGAUAACGUAUAUUAUAAUCAUAUCUAUCAUACUGGAUGACUGUGAUAAGGCAGAAUUUCAGAUAGCGUGCAUUGAAAGUAUACUGUAUAAAUAUGACCAAGACUUCAAAUGCUUCCCUCCGUGGCCACUGAGCUGUUCAGUGGUCCUUAUCAUAUUCAUGGCCAUUAUAUUUACUCGUAUACCAUUCACCAUGAAAAUAAUAGUGAGCCUAUUCGUAAGCGUCAUCUACUCAAGCAUCUUCCUUUAUCAAUUCGAUGACAUAAUUAACGAUGGCGUGACAACCAAUCCUUAUUUUCCUGCCGAAUACGCGCACUUAAUAAUGAUUAUAAUUACCGUAUGCACUUUGUAUUUCCAGGAGCGACAGGCUGAGUUUAAUAACAAAAUCAAUUACAAAUGGAGGGAAGAACUGUUGAAAAAACAAGAAGAUGCUCGCAUAGCCGAUCAGUCUAUAACUAUUCUAUUACAUAACAUCUUGCCGGCCCAUGUUGUGAACGUCUAUCUGACCUCGGUGGCCAAGUGUGAGCUUUACUAUGAGGACUAUGAAAUGGUGGCCGUCAUGUUCGCUUCGCUUCAAAAUUUUGAUUUGACAUUGCCCAACCUGCAUAUCCUCAACGAAAUUAUUGUCCAAUUUGAUCAAAUCUUGUUUUUUUAUAGAGAUGAAAAUGUAGUAGAAAAGAUAAAGAUUGUGGGCUGUACUUACAUGGCAGCCUGUGGACUGGAUCUACGCUUUUCCUCGCUAAUAAGUGACGAAGCUCGAAGGGGCGACUCUGUUUUUCAGGAAAUCCACCGCGCACGUGCCUCGGCAGCGUCUAUCCAAAUGGGAAAUUAUACACUGACCGAGAAAAGGGAGGAAGUGGUAUUAGUGUUAACCACCUUUGCAUUGGACCUAAUGAGAACGCUGUGGGUGUGUAAGAAUAAUUAUAUGAACCUUCCAAUCGAUCGUACUGUAUUUAACGCCGACAUAAGCAUUGGUAUUUCCUGUGGAGAGGUGAUGGCCGGGGUAGUGGGUGCCUCGCAGGUGCAUUACGAUAUCUGGGGUAAUGCUGUCAACAUGGCCUCGCGAAUGGACUCUACCGGAGUCGCUGGAGAAAUACAAGUGACCGAGGAGACGGCCGUUAUUCUAUCCAAAUAUGGGAUAGAAUGUAAUUACCGCGGCAUGACAUUUGUUAAGGGGCUCGGCAUGCUGCCAACGUAUUUUGUAGCCAUCACUAGUUUCUUCGAAUUCGUAUAUCUCAGGGAGAAAAAUCUGAUGUCGAUUACAUCAAAUCCUCACUCUAGCGAAACCUCUACGUUAUCGUCUCAAAAGCUAUGA